CAAAGACCUGGCUCUGCUUUCUGCGGUAGCUAGCUAGUUGUUCAUGAUGAUGGAGGAGGAAGAAUUGGAAUUUGCGGAGGAUUUGGAGGCUAUUUUGCACCUUACUCCAGAGGUGCAGUUGGCCAUCGAGCAGGUUUUCCCCAGUCAAGACCCAUUGGACAGAGCAGAUUUUAAUGCUGUGGAAUACAUCAAUACAUUGUUUCCUACUGAGCAGUCACUGGCUAAUAUAGAUGAUGUGGUCAACAAGAUCCGUCUGAAGAUUCGGUGUCUGGAUGACAACAUCAGGACGGUGGUGAGAGGCCAGACCAAUGUGGGCCAGGAUGGCAGACAGGCACUGGAGGAGGCUCAGGUAGCCAUCGGCCAGCUCUUUGGCAAAAUCAAAGACAUUAAGGACAAGGCUGAGAAAUCUGAACAAAUGGUCAAGGAGAUAACGCGGGACAUCAAACAGCUGGACCAUGCUAAGCGUCACCUGACCACCUCCAUCACCACCCUCAACCACCUGCACAUGCUGGCCGGUGGCGUGGACUCUCUAGAGGCAAUGACGAGGAAGAGGCAGUAUGGAGAGGUGGCUAACCUGCUACAGGGUGUAGUCAACGUCCUGGAGCACUUCCACAAAUACAUGGGCAUCCCUCAAAUCAGACAGCUCUCAGAGAGGGUGAAAGUGGCCCAAAGCGAGCUGGGGACUCAGAUCCUGGCAGACUUUGAAGAGGCCUUCCCCGCUCAGGGGUCAAAGAGAGCAGGGGGGCCCAGUAACGUUCUGAGGGAUGCCUGUCUCGUGGCCAACGUCUUGGACCCUCGCAUCAAACAGGAGAUCAUCAAGAAGUUCAUCAGACAGCACCUCUCUGAGUACAUGGUGCUCUUCCAGGAGAACCAGGAUGUAGCUUGGCUGGAUAAGAUUGACCGGCGCUAUGCCUGGAUUAAGCGUCAGCUGGUGGACUAUGAGGAGAAGUACGGACGCAUGUUCCCUGAAGAGUGGUGUAUGACUGAACGCAUCGCUGUGGAGUUCUGCCACAUCACCAGGACAGAGCUGGCCAAAGUGAUGCGGACGCGGGCCAAAGAGAUCGAGGUCAAGCUGCUUCUGUUUGCCAUUCAGAGGACCACCAACUUCGAGGGGCUGCUCGCCAAGCGCUUCUCUGGGUGCACCCUCACUGACGGGCCCGGGGUGAAGAAGCCGGAGACACCACUGGAGUCCACCAACCCUUUCCUGGAGGACGAGAUUGGAGAGGAUGGGUCAGAGAUGGAGGAGGAUCUGGAUAGGCCCAAGAAGCACAAGGCUCCUGACAACCCCUUCCAUGGCAUCAUUUCCAAGUGCUUCGAGUCUCACCUCUAUGUCUACAUCGAGUCUCAGGACAAGAACCUGGGGGAGAUGAUUGACCGUUUUGUGUCAGACUUCCGGGCGCAGGGCCCCCCCAAGGUGGGCACGGAGGACGGUGGAGCGGUGCUGCCCAGCUGUGCUGACCUGUUUGUCUACUAUAAGAAGUGCAUGGUGCAGUGCUCUCAGCUCAGCACAGGGGAACCUAUGAUUGCCUUCACCACCAUCUUCCAGAAGUACCUCAGAGAGUAUGCCUGGAAGAUACUGUCUGGAAACCUGCCCAAGACUAGCAGUAACAGUGGAGGACUGACCAUCAAGAGUCUACUGCAGGAGAAGGAGGGUUCGGAGGCAGCUAAGUUCACUGUAGAGGAGCUGUGUCUCAUCUGUAGCAUCCUCAGUACUGCAGAGUACUGUCUGGCCACAACACAGCAGUUGGAGGAGAAGCUGAAGGAGAAGGUGGAUAAGACCCUGGUGGAGAGAAUCAACCUGACUGGAGAGAUGGACACCUUCAGCAAUGUGAUCUCCAACAGUAUCCAGUUGCUUGUUCAGGACCUGGAUGCUGCCUGUGACCCUGCUCUCACUGCCAUGAGCAAGAUGCCAUGGCAGAGCGUAGAGCAUGUAGGUGACCAGAGUCCCUAUGUGACGUCAGUCAUCAUGCACAUCAAACAGAACGUCCCCAUCAUCAGAGAUAACCUGGCCUCCACACGAAAAUACUUCACCCAGUUCUGCAUCAAGUUCACCAACUCUUUCAUUCCUAAAUUCAUCAACCACUUGUUCAGGUGUAAGACUAUCAGCAUGGUGGGGGCUGAACAGCUCCUCCUGGACACCCACUCCCUGAAGACAGUGUUGUUGGAUCUGCCCUCUAUAGGGUCUCAGGUGGUCCGCAAGGCCCCAGCCAGCUACACCAAGAUAGUCGUGAAGGGGAUGACCCGCGCUGAGAUGAUCCUCAAGGUGGUCAUGGCCCCCCAUGAACCCUCUGUGGUGUUUGUGGAUAACUACAUCAAGCUCCUUGCUGACGGGAACCCAGAGACCUUCCAGAAAACUCUGGAUAUGAAGGGGUUGAAGCGCAGUGAGCAGAGCAGCAUGUUGGAGCUCUUCAGACAGAGGUUACCCACUCCACCCUCAGGGACCGACGGAGGCCCCUCUCUCUCCUUCAGCACCCCCACCCCCGAGCAGGAGAACUCGCGCAUACGCAAACUGGAGAAGCUCAUCAAGAAGAGACUCUGAGUGUACACACACACUUGCACUCACACACAUCACCAUACCACACACAAAUUAUUCCAGUAAUUCAUCGAAUACUUUUUCCUGCUCUGUUUAAUCAUAACAGAGAAUUGCAGGCAGAGUAAAGACAUGAUUGUCUCAUUUUUGUUAGGAGCAUUAAUAUGAACCUCAUGAUUUCAAAGUCAACUGUCGGGUUAUGAAGACAUGUCCUCAGCUGCAGAGCUGUUGGCACUUAUGACUAAUUUACUUCUGUAUUUCUUUUCUGCUUCUCUUUUUAUGACACUAAAUAACCAAGCUUUGUAAAUGUCGUUAAAUGUAGACUAUAUCAUACACACACUAUGCAUAUUAGCAAAAUGUGUUUGCACUUAAGACAGAAUCGAGAGCUACUAAUUAAAAAUGGCUUUAGGAGCAAUUUGUUGCCGCUUUGGCACCUAUCCUCCCAGUUCCAGACUGAGAACAAGGAACUUCAAUGUGUUUGAAGCUAACAUUUUCAGAAUGUUCUCCUAAUGUUUUCAGAAUGUUCUCCUAGUGUUUUCAGAAUGUCAUUGUUCUCCACCUCUCCAGUCUGGUGUCUUUCAUUGACUUCUGGGAAAACUAGUAGCAUUUCAAUCUUUGAUGGAUCAGUGUGACUAAAGGUACAAUUUGGAGUACAGUGGCAUAUCCCAUCCCUGCAUUGAGGUAUGUUUUCCGACCCAUAUCUCGUGCCGGCUCCACGGUGUCUUAAUGAAACCAUGAUUGUGUUCCGACCUCAGUGCAGCUCAGUGUAAACCCACAUCUCUCAAGCCUAGUCCAGAGGUGUAUUCAUUAGUCCAAACAAAAACAAUAGUUUAUUUUAGACAAAUUUAGGUAGAUCCCUCCCCGUUUCGUUCAGUUUGCUCCCGUUUUAAGAAACAUUUUGCAACAGAAUCGGCCUAAUGAAUAGGCCCAGUUGAGGUUAAACUUUUACCAGGAUAUUUUUUUCCAGGGGGAGGCGAAGGGGAGUUCCCAUGUUUAGUUUUGUUGCCUUUCAUGUUUCCUCUCCAAUCAGCUGUGAGGGGGUGUUUCCUUUCCUCUAUUUCACUGCAAAACAAUGAAACCCUUUGAAGGUAGCGAAAUUUGAAGACAGGCUGGCGGGACAAUCCUCAGUCCCUUCUAUGUUCUUUUUAGGGUUGGUAUCUUCUGGCAAGUUUUAAUUAUGAUUGACAGGUAAUCUAGGCCUGUCAGUGUCAAACACAGGGGCCUGGAAUAACUGAACAGAAAAUAAAAAGGUUUAGACAAUACAUCAUAAAUAGAAAACUAUAUAAUUGUGUGUAAUAUAUCCUUGUACAACAGUGAACAUAUGAGUUCCUCUGUUAGACAGGGAAUUACACUGAGAAGUUAGCACAAUGAUGCUAGUGGAGAACAAGAAUAUAAUAUAAGGAACACAGUUCCUUUAAAUACUGUCAUUGAUCUAAUUAUUUCUACUGUUACCUGCUUCAGAUAAAGUAGUUAUUGCACGUUAACAGCAAAUAGUCUGGAUCAGUGAUCCUUUGAAUCGGUUCAUAUAUACAGGAAAAUUCAUAAUUUGGUGUAGCACGAGAAUAAGGAUAGGGUUUAAAUAAUGUGUGUGUGGUCAAGUAUCUAUUGUAAAUCAUUGUAGCUGGGGCAUGAACGAUUGGUGUUGGAUUUCAUCCUUGGAAAGCCUUAUUAUCCCCUCUCGAGAGUCCUGCAAAUUGAUAAAUGUAUGUAUAAUAUAUUAAUGCUAUUAUGCUUUUGAUGUACACAUUCCUGCCUUCAGUUAAUAAGAAGAUAAACAUGUUAUUUUGUAUUGUCAGAGUAAUAGGCUACUGUAAUGGUAACUGGUGAAAAACACUAAUACGAGGGCUCCCGGGGGUGUAAAAAACUGCAUCUUAGUACUAGAGGAGUCACUACAGACACCCUGGUUCGAAACCAAGCUGUAUCACAACCGGCUGUGAUUGGGAGUCCCAUGGGGUGCCGCACAAUUGGCCCAGCGUCG